CUGAGAGCGGCGCACAGCGCUGCGGGCACUACUAGAACGUGAUUAGAGCCAGAGCUGAGCUCACAUGAGCAGGACAUGUCUCUGCGCUCGCUGCUCUCUCCCUCGCCAAUGCAGCGCUGCGCCUUAGCGCCCGGCCCGCUCUCCUCGCUACUGCUGUGCACUUAAACUGGAUCUGUGUGUGUGUGUUUGUGGGAGCUGUGUUCUUCAUGGAAGCCAUGUCACCUAAACAGGACAAUGUGGGACAGACCCGCUCUUCUUCCCUGACUGGGGAGCCGCACAUCUCCGCAGAGGCUGACAAUAAAAAGAAAAAAAGACAUACCGAAAUUCCUGCCGCUGUGUUGCAUUUCCAUUCCUCUUCUAAAAUGAAACCUGUGGGAUUUUGCAGAGACCUACGGACAAACGUGAACAAUAAUAGCUCGACGCGGUUAACCCGAUCAGGAUAUGGCAACCGUUACAUUCCUCUUCACUCGAAGAUGAAGAGCUUGGCACAAAGACGUCAGUCCGCACCAUCUCUUGUCCUGAGCAAAGCACUUAAAUCGAGAACCAUAAACAAGGAAAGCAACUCCUCUCCUGUGAGUCCAGAAACUUGCCCUCUGGUUCAAGCCUUCCUCUGCUCCACCAGGCUCUUUGUAGCCCACAGCCGCGUGCAGCUCAAGACUGGUCUGCAGACCCAGGACCGCCAUCUCUUCCUCUUCACUGACAUUAUGAUUAUCACAAAGUCAAAGUCUCCAUCUAACUUCAAGCUGAAACAUCACAUGCGAGUGAGUGAAAUGUGGAUGGCAUCCUGCAUGGAAGAAGUGUGCGAAGGCAGUACCUGCCCCGAGAGAUCAUUUGUUAUUGGCUGGCCUGUCACAAACUGUGUGGCAACAUUCAGUACUCCGGAGGAGAAGGAAAAGUGGUUUGCUCUUUUGCAAAGACAUAUUAAAGAAGAGAAAGAAGGUGAUCGAAUGAAGACCAUCCCUUUGAAGAUCAUCACAAAAGAUCUUGGGAAUUGUGCCUAUUCCAAGGUUCUAACCAUCACCAAUGAGGACACAGUAAAUGAUAUUAUCAGAAUGGCUCUUCUACAGUUUGGAGUUGAGGGCUCAGACGCAGAUUAUCGCUUGUGGGUCACCUCUGGCAAGGAUGAUGCACCUUAUCCUCUUAUUGGACACGAGUACCCAUUUGGAAUUAAAAUGAGCCACGUCCGUGACACCUUACCGCAAAUACAAGGCUUGAAGGAUACGGACUGUCCCUUGGAUCUACAAGGCCCCUUACUCAUGGAGCAUCUCCCCAGAGAAAUGCAGUGUCAGUUCAUACUGAAGCCCUGCCGCCUGGCUCCUUGCCACCCACUCGCUGAUCCGAGCCAGAAGCCGUUUAAAAGAAAGCGAUCGAUCAUAAACUGGAGCUUUUGGCGCGGGUCGAAUUCUCAGUUGGACAAUAUACCAACGUCUCCAACAUCUUUAGCUCCUGGAAUGCUGUUUGGCCUUUCACUGGCUACUAUCUGUCCAAAUGACAACUUUCCCAAGCCCAUCAUGGAUAUGCUCUCUGUUCUUUGUCGAAAUGGACCUUUCACAAGAGGCAUCUUCAGGAGGUCGGCUAAUGCCAAGUCCUGCAGGGAAAUGAAGGAGCGACUCGAUUUGGGGUGCGAAGUUAACUUUGAUCGCGAAUCUAUACUCGUCACCGCUUGUGUUUUUAAGGAUUUUCUGCGUAACAUACCAGGGAGUAUUUUCUCAUCCAAGCUCUAUGAGAAGUGGGUCUCCAGCCUGGAUUACGAAAGUCAAGAAGACAAAAUCAAAGCCAUUAAAAUGUUAAUUGAGACUCUUCCACCAAUCAAUGUCCAUUUACUGCGAUAUCUGUUUGGAGUCUUAUGCUGCAUCGAGCAGCGUUCUGAGAGUAACCAAAUGUCCGCCUUCAAUUUGGCAGUUUGCAUUGCCCCCAGUCUGCUUUGGCCGCCCACCCCUUCAAGUCCAGAGAUCGAGAAUGAAUUCACCAGAAAGGUGGCUCUGUUUGUUCAGUUCCUGAUUGAGAAUUGCUGCAUGAUUUUUGAAGAGGACAUUUCCCUGUUAUACGCCAGCUUGUCCACAAAGGAUGAGAGCAGAGACGAAAAUUCAGAUAUCUGCUCAUUCAAGCUGACGGACUCCUCGUAUGACAGUCUGGAGAAUGAACUGAAUGAUGAUGCAGAUUCUCCUUUCAGUGGUCUGGCCAAAAAGUGCAGCCCUGACAACAGGAGCAGAGAUUCUGUUUUGACAUUAAGCGACUGUGAUCUAGACCAUCCAGAUGCUGAGGAUGCACCGACCAAGCACCCUCUGGAAUCUCAACCUUUCAGGGUGCCCAUCGCUUUACAUCAUAAUUCUGUGUCACGUGAGCAGUCUGAAAAUGAAUCCCUCUGUUCCAGUACUUCCGGAUAUUCAUCUACCACCGUAUCCGAUGCUCUAAAGGAGGCCAGAAGGCACAGGCGUUGUUCUGAGCCAGCCAUAGGGAUCCUUGUGUCUAGAUUCAGCAAGCUCAAUGAGUCUCCUCACGAGAGUGCUACAUACAAGACAAGCUGCGAUGCUCUUCUUUCCUACUCUGCAGAUGAUUAUCUAAAGCAGCAUAGGGAUUUACAAGUAGAAGGACAAAAGCUUAUAAACCGCAGUCUGAUUCUGGGGAUUGAUGUAAGCAAAAGCCUAAAAAAGAAGCAAACACCGGAGAAGAAGAGCACUCCCAACAGACUCUUACCACCUCCUGCCCUGAGGUUAAACACAUGUUCUCAGACUAGUUGUUCGAGCUUGUCUUCUCCUGGAACUUCCCCAUCUGGUUCUUCUCUGAGUUCCUUAGACAGUGCUUUCUCUCAGUUUUCAGAUUAUUCUGCGUUGACUCCCAACGAAGUGCCUUCCCCGCUGGAAUCCACCUUCAGGUCUUGUAAGAAACAAGGAAAUAUCACUCCAGACUUCUUAAGCUCCGGCUCUUUUUCAGGUUUUACAUUGGAUGAAGAUGUCAAACAGCCUUACUGUGAAGGUGGAAAAGAUACUGAAUUGGCACAGCACAAAACCCCUGCUGGUAUUCAUCCCAGUACUUGGUUAAAAAAUGGCACAUCAACUGUCAAAAACUGGACGCUAAGGAGAAAGGAAAAGGUGACCAAGCUAGAUGUAAAAAACAAAGCAGAUGUAACUAUAAACCAUGAAAGGCUACAAGCAGGAACGUGUAAGAUUUCAGAACAUUCAGUACUUCAGGAGCAAAUAACUGUGCCAAUAGAAGACUUGGAAAACCAACAUCUUUUGGCACUAAAAACAGCUGGAGACAAUGUGAAAGAUACUAAUGUGAGUGUUUCUCUGUUUUGUGAAGGGUCUAGUGAAAGGAGAAGUGCCUCCAGGCAUGUUCUAAUAGACAAUGUGAUCAUUGAUAAAAAUGGUAAUGGGGGGCAUGAAGUGGAAUGCAGCUCUUUCCUUAUGCCAUCUCCUGUGUCUAUCAACAUGGAAAUAUCUGCACUUAGCCCCCACACAUGUUAUUUCGCACAGGAAAGUACUUUAGUUCCUCAAUCCAACAGAAGAAAAACCACCAACAACUCUAACGAAGAACAAGCUCUUCUCUUGAAUCUAAAAGGCCCCACCGAGCGCGUGACGCAUAUCUCUGCAGAAGAACUUUCUUCUGUAAAGGACGAGCCAACCAAAUCCUCGAUUGGCAGCUUUCGGGUGGCCAGCUUAAAAAGAAAUAAGGUUUUGCCCUCCAAUGUAGACACUGGAUUUAAAAUGGCCAAUUGUGACUUGGAGAAAAACUUUUGCGUGUCUCCAAAAUCUACGACCACUACAGCAAGCUUUGCCUUUCAGCCAGAUAGUCAUAAGCACCUUAGAAGCACCCACGAAAGUGACCAGAGCAGCAGAGAGUGGCAGGCAAAGCAGUGCAGUGAUCCCAAGUUUGAAGACAUUGACCAAAGAUUUUUUACCGAGGAGUCAUAUGUGUAAUCAACGGUAUUCCAUACAUGCCUCGAUUCUUUUAGAGGUCUUCAAUGCAGUAUCUUGGUGUCCAAUCUGCACAACUUUUUUAAAAAAAAAAAAGCACUUGUCGGUGUUUAUCAAGACAAAAAUGUAAAAAAAAAAAUAUUUUAACCUGUUCUUAUGUCCUUUGUGUGCAAAAAGGGUAACUGGUUUCUUGGGAUUAACAGGAACCCUACAGUAUUUCAAUUUUUGAGAAGGAACUUUAAGCACCAAACUCAAUAAGUCCAGUUAAGGUAAGGGAUGGGUGCUCUGUUCAUCCAUUUUGGAAGCAAAUGCCAGUUUGGGACACCGUUUAAUUUGCGUCACUCUAUGUAGGUAUUGUUAUAUUAAAUAAGAACAGAAUAGAAAUCUGGGAAAGGGACCUUCAGUUGGGUAUUUUAAUUCUUUAGCUCAAGGAGUACAAGCUCUGGUUCUCUGGCUGGUCCAGUUUUAGCUAGAAUAACGAUUUUUCUUUUUACUUAAGAUGCUUAAAAUUGGUUGUACAUGGGUAGAACCACUUGUUAAGAAAGGCAUACUUGGCUCUGAUCAUCCCAUGGGCCAAUGGACGGAGAACUUAUGAGGGGUCACACAUGUUUUGGCUAGGAAGUGAAGAGGAGCUGCGGUUUCUCUUCAUUCCCUCUUCUUCUGAAGCACCGGGCACUAGUAGAGAUAGUGUCUUAGAAGAUGAACAUUUCUACCCUGCCAGAUUCCAGAACCGGCUGAUAUUCCUAGUGCAGUAUCAAUAAUCGUAUAUGUACGGCCAAUGGUAGGCACACUCACCGAGAGAGUAUUGAUUUGGUCCACCAUCUGCAGAUGCACCAUGAACUGCCUGGUGGAUCCGAAGAUAACAUUUUCUAGCCCACCCAGUUCCAGAACCAAUAGUACUAAUAUUUAUCCGAUGGUCAGCUUUAGGUAAAGUCAUUAAUAAAAUAUUAUCCGGCCCAAUGCUCAAAACCAAAUCCGACUGAUCUAGUUAUUUGACCAAUGGGCCAUGGAUCACAUCCUAUAGGGUUCUUGUAGAGAUUACAUCCAUGUUCCAGCCAAGUCGUUAUCCAACAAAAUCUUUUACUUCUCCUGAUUAAUAUCUGAUUAAACCACAAUCAAAUAUUGAUCAUGGAGAAUGCCUUGGUACCCCAACUUCAGCUGCAACCCGAUCAUUCUUAUGCAUGCUGGGAAUUCUAAAUCCAUCACAACUGGAAUCCCAACAACUGUUUAUCCCUGAAGCAGAAUUAUUAAGACUAGGGUGCGUCUGAUGGACUUGCAGCUCCCUUGUAUAAAUGUGUCUUGUGUUGCGUGUGCUCAUAUUUUCUGUUAUAUUAUAAUACCAUGUGCUAUGUACUGCCAAGUUACGUUACCGGCAUUUCAGUGUAUAUUUAAAGCAAGCGAAAGUCUCAAAUACUUAUUGGGUUUGUUUACGAUGUCCAGAUGUUUUGCUAUUAUUAUUAUUAUUAUUACUACGUUAUGCUCUUAUUGAAACAAAAUGUGUAUUUUUGUACUUGCACAAACUGCUGCUAACUUUAUACAAUGUGUAUGUUGUUAUGACACUGAUGAUAAUAGAUGUAUGUCUUAUAUUAUAAAGUAUUCAAUCCCUUGUACCAUAAUGUAACAUACUGGUUUCUGUAGCAUCACGUUGUAGCUGUGACUGACGAUUGGAUCAAUGGGACAGCUCCGUUGCCAUGUGGUUUAACUGUUUAACAUUAAAAGCUACAAAUAAAUGGUUUUGUUU